GGGCUGCUGUCCCCCCCUCGCCCUGACAGGCCCCGCUCUCGGCCCCACUCGCUGCUUCCUCACUCGUCCUCGGCCCCCCGCACUCCCCACCUCUGCCAUGCUGCUACUCCGGCAGCUCCAAAUUCAUCUGUAAAAUCUUCAACAACUACUUUUUCCUGAGGAAUACACCUGUCCGACAUCAAGCCUGGGAAGUGGAAAUGGAUUAACGCAGAUUGGCUGGAGUCACAUUUCUGUUUUUUUUUUAUCAUCAUUUUUGGAUUAUAUCUGAAAUAGUUUCCACAUCACCAUGAAGGCAGAAGGGGCCAAACCUGGCUCCUCUGCCGCUGGUGGAUCCAGCAAGGCUGCGUCUCCACAGCCGGGAUCCAUCAAGUCCAAACUCAUGUCCCUCCUCAACAAGCUGAGGGUGUCCGUGGAGCUGCUGGUGGCUCUGGCCGCCCUGCUGUCCUGGCUGGUGGUGGGAGUGGUCAUGUUUGACUUUGUGGAGUACAAGACAGUACCCGACGUUCAACAAAUCCUGACGGAUCCAGUUCAGGCUGUGAAUGACGCUGUGGACGAAGUGUCCGGUCUGCUCAACAAGUUUCAAGAAUGUGCACCGGAUCUCAGUGACCCCAUGUCUGCGGCGACGUAUGCAGCUGAGGAAAUAACACACGCGAAGGACGAGUUUGUUCGAUACUUUUCAGACGAAGAAGACAACUUCUACUUGAGCUACAUCGACCCAGUCGUGAUCGGACGCCGAGCGUUUCACUCCACUAAUGACUUCGUCGGUGGGCUCGUGGGGUCCAUCAGAGACACGGUCUGCGCUGUACUGGACACAGCUUUGGACGCCAUAUCAGGCAUAAGUAAAGGGACAAUAGACCUCAGCUACAUUGACCCGGUGGUGAUUGGAAGAGGGGUCUUCAGUUUUGUUAAUGAGCUCACGACUGGAGUGGUGGGCUACAUCCAGGAUGUGCUCUGUUCCAUUCUGGACACUAUUUUGGAUGUGGUCAAAGGAACCACUGAUGUUAGCUUCGCUGACCCGGUGGUUUUGGGCAGAAACAUGUUCAGCUCAACCAAUGAAGUGGUCAGUGGCUUCACAGGCUACAUCCAGGACGUUCUCUGCUCCAUCGUGGACGCCACACUGGACAUAGUUAAAGGAACUACUGACAUUAGCUUCAUUGACCCAGUGGUCAUCGGUCGGAACUUCUUUAACGCUACUAAUGACCUGUUAAGCGGGCCAGCUGGAUACAUCCAGGAUGCGUUCUGUUCCAUCCUGGAUGUUCUGUUGGACACACUCACUGCUCUCCAGGAGGCGGUGGGAUUCAGUCCCACGGCGGUGGUGAAGAGAACUGCAGAAAUCACCACUGAACAGGUGGACCUGCUUGUCGGCUACAUUUCCUCCACACCAAUAGCAGAUCAAGUUUCCACUGACCCCAUGAAGGUUGUGGAGGAAGCCCUUUUGGAGUUCGCCGAGAGCAAAGAUUUAUUUCUGGCGUAUCUGACUGGCAUGAUCGCUGGACAACAAGGUGAACCUGCUGCCAAACCAGUCGUGGAGAUCGUUGAUGAAAAAGUUGAUACUGAUGGACCUUCAUCUGACGUCCAUUUGGUUAGACGUAAAGGUGAAUUUCUACCCCCCUUUGAUCAAGUGAAACAAACAGACCUCGAGGAGACGAGGUCACGGGAGGUGGAGAGAUACCUAAUUGCUGAAGAAGAAGAGAAGACAGUAAAGCAGCAGGGCAGCCAGGAAGAAGUGGACCUUGUCAGGCAGGAAGAUGAGGCUCAGGAGCUAGAGGAGGAAGAAGAAGAGGGGACCGCUGGCGAUCUUGUUGCUGAUGAGGUGGAGGAUGAAGCUGAGGAAAUUCCAGCUGAGGAGGAGGAAGAGGAGUCAGAAACUUUUGAAGCCGAUGAGGAAGAAGACGAGACUUCUGCAGAGGAUCAAGUAGAAGAGGAGGAGGACGUGGAGUCAGAACCUUUUGAAGCCGAUGAGGAAGAAGACGACACCCCUGCAGACCAUGAAGUAGAAGAGGAGGAGGAGGAAGCAACAGCAGACGCUCUGGUUGAAGUUGAGGAAGAGCCUAAAUCUCAUCUUGCUGCUGAUGAUGAGGAAGAAGAGGAGACAACUACAGAAGAUCUGGUUGAAGCUGAGGAGGAGGAUGAAGACAAGAUUGAUCUUGUUGAAGAUGAGGUGGAGGAAGACCCGGAGGCCACAUCUGAUCUUGUUGACGACGAGGAUGAGGAGGAAGAAGAUGAAGAGCCAAAAUCAGAAGUGCUUGAAGUUGAUGUGGACAAUGACAAAGAUAAGGCAGAUCUGGUUGAAGCUGAAGAGGAUGAAGAAGAGGAGUCAAUAACAGAUGAUCAGGUUGUGGUGGAUGUGGAGGAGGAGGAAGAAGAGGAUCCAAAACCUGAUCUGGUUGAAGCUGAUGAGGAUGAAGACGAAGACGAGGAGGAGGAGGAAGAAGAGCCAACAGAAGACCUGGCUAAAGCUGAGGAGGAGGAGGAAGAGUCCACAACCGAUGAUCUGGAGGAAGCUGAUGAGGAAGAAGAGGAGGAAGAUUCCAAAACACAAGAUCUGGUUGAAGCUGAGGAAGAGGAGGAGGAAGAAGAGUCCACAACAGAAGAUCUGGUUGAAGCUGAGGAGGAGGAGGAGGAACAAGAGUCCACAACAGAAGAUCUGGUUGAAGCUGAGGAGGAGGAGGAAGAAGAAGAGUUCACAUCAGAAGAUCUGGUUGUAGUUAAGGAGGAGGAGAAAAAAGACGAGUUCACAUCAGGAGAUCUGGUUGCAGUUGAGGAGGAGGAGGAAGAAGACGAGUUCACAUCAGAAGAUCUGGUUGCAGUUGAUGAGGAGGAGGAGUCCACAACAGAAGAUGUGGUUGAAGCUGUGGAGGAGGAAGACCAGUCCACCACAGAAGAUCUGGUUGAAGCUGAGGAGGAGGAGGAAGUAGAGGAGGCAGCUACAGAACAUCUGUUUGAAACUGAGGAGGAGGUGGAGAAAGAGUCCAUGCUAGAGGAUCUGGUUGAAACUGAGGAAGAGGAGAUAAAACUGGACGAUAUGGUAGAGGAUAAGGAGGUAGAACUGAUUGAGACAGAACAUGAUCUUGUCGAUGCUGAUGAGGAAGAGGAGACAAAACCAGAAGAGCUACUCAGUGUUGAUGAUCAAGGAGUGGAGGAGGAACUUCAUGCCAUCAUCAGCUUUGACGAUGACGAAUACACAGAUGAAGAAACUCUAAACGUACAUGACAUAGUGAGUCCCAAUGAACAUGAGGACCACAUGGUGGAGAAACAAACAUCAGUUGAUGUUGAAUCUGCGCACGUGUUAAUAAGUGUUGCGCCUGAGCCUGACAUUGAAGCGUUGCUUCAUGUCGACCAUGUUGAGCGCAAUGACAUCAUCGAUGAUGACAACGUGAGCAACAAGAACCGGAGCGGCAAAACCGAACCCAAACCGAGGAGGAAGGUACAUGUCCCUCUUGUGAGAGUCCGAAGACUCCGACCCAGACAACGUGACGGCAAACGUGUCAAAGUUCUUGAAGAGGCAAAGGAAAGACGUGUGAUCAAAGAAGUCAAAGAUGCUGUUGUCAAAGAUCUGGAAGCUACAGAAAUGAUGGAGAAAAAAGAGAAAAAGACUGAGCAUAAAGAGGUCACUCACAUAAAGGAAGGCAAGCCAAAAGAGCAUGGUAAACAAAAGGCAAAAGCCAUGGUGAAAAAGACUGAAAAGCACAAAGAAGUAACUCUUACAAAGAGCCUAUUGAAGGAGAGGGAAAUCACUAAUGCCACUCUUGAGAAGUCGAUGCAGAAACCUCAAGUGGUGAAGAAACAUCUGUCAUUCCUGAGAAGGCGAGGUGAAAAAGAAUCGAGGGAGAAAGUAGUUAAAGAAAAACUACAUGUAAAAGAAGAAAAACAGGACAAGACAAAAGCUAAAGACGACAAAGACUUGAAGAAACAAGUUGCAAAACCUUUAAGAGACAGAAAAUCUGUGGAAGAAAAGGGACUCAAGAAGCCCACUGAAAAAGAAGAGAAAGAAAUGAAGCUACCCAAAGAAGACUUGGAACCAAAGAAACUCAAGGAGAAGAAGACCAAAGAAGUGUCCAAGCCCAUAACCGGAAAGAAGAUAAAGCCUAAGAAAACAAAAGAAGAAAAGGUGACCAAAACUGUGCGCCAAGAACCCAGGAAACCAAUGAAAGAUGAGCUUGCAGAGGGGAAAGAAUCAAGGGACCGGAGAGGAGACAAGGUAACACACAAGGAAAAGAAGGAGAAGAUGACCACCAAAGAAGAUGAGCUGACCAAAACUGAGGUGGAAGCCAAGCAAGCAACCACAGAAAAGAAAGAACCAACAACCACAAAAGAGAAAAAGGCAAAGAAGCCAGUUGCAGUAAUCAAACUCAUGAAACCGGUCAGAGUGGUGAAGGAAGCCAGGAACGAAACCAAAAAGAUGGAUGUGAUCAAAGAACAACUUAAGCCAAAGAAGGAGACCAAACAUAAGCUGGAUUCCAAAACAACAAUCAAGGAAAAGGACAUCAGGAAACAAACCAAAGAAAAGACAGAUGCAAAGAAACCAACCAAAGAAGUAUUGAAAGCAAAGAAAGAAACUGGGGCCAAGGUGGAUUCCAAACCCCCAGCCAGAGACAAGGAGAUCAAGAAAACAACCAAAGAAAAAGCAAAGAAAGAAACCAAAGAGAAAAGCGAAGACAAGAAGCCACAAAUAGAGAAGAAGGAAGCUCCGAUAACCAAAGAGAAGAAGACACCAGUCAAAGAAAAGAAGACAAGCCAGAAGCUGAAAGACACUGCAAAGGCUCAGAAGAAACCUGAAGUAGAGGUAUCAAAGAAAGAAACCAAAGACUUGGACAUGAAGAUCCCAAUGCCAGAAGAGGAGGGAGCUAAGCCCCCGGCCAAAAAGGAGAGGAAACCAACCACAGAAAAGGAGGAAGUCAAGAAACCAGUAAAGGGGAAAAUACAGACAGACACCAAAGAGAAAAGUCAAGACAAGAAACCACAAAAAGAGAAAGAGCCUGCAAUAACAACCAAAGACAAGAAGGCCAAGGCACUAGUCAAAGAAAAGAAGACAAGCCAAGAGCCAAAAGAAGAAGCAUUAAAAGCUCAGGGAAAACAUGAAGAAGAGGCACCAAGGAAAGACUUGGACACAGAGACACCAGCUAUAGAAAAGGAGAAAGUGAAGUCUCCGCCCAAAAAGGAGAAGAAACCCACCACAGAAAAGGUGGACGUCAAGGCCUCAACUAAAAAGGAGAAGAAACCCACCACAGAAAAGGUGGAAGUCAAGCCCCCGACUAAAAAGGAGAAGAAACCCACCACAGAAAAGGUGGAUGUCAAGCCCCUGACCAAAAAGGAGAAGAAACCCACCACAGAAAAGAAGGAAGUCAAGCCCCCAACCAAAAAGGAGAAGAAACCCACCACAGAAAAGGUGGAAGCCAAGCCUCCGACCGAAAAGGAGAAGAAACCCACCACAGAAAAGGUGGAUGUCAAGCCCCCAACCAAAAAGGAGAAGAAACCCACCACAGAAAAGGUGGAAGUCGAGCCCCCAACCAAAAAGGAGAAGAAACCCACCACAGAAAAGGUGGAAGUCAAGCCCCCAACCAAAAAGGAGAAGAAACCCACCACAGAAAAGGUGGAAGUCAAGCCCCCGACUAAAGAGGAGAAGAAACCCACCACAGAAAAGGUGGAAGUCAAGCCCCCAACCAAAAAGGAGAAGAAACCCACCACAGAAAAGGUGGAAGUCAAGCCCCCGACUAAAGAGGAGACGAAACCCACCUCAGAAAAGGCGGAAGUCAAGCCCCCGACUAAAAAAGAGAAGAAACCCACCACAGAGAAGGUGGAAGCCAAGCCUCCAACCCAAAAGGAGAAGAAACCCACCACAGAGAAGGUGGAAGUCAAGCCCCUGACCAAAAAGGAGAAGAAACCAACCGCAGAAAAGAAGGAAGCCAAGCCCCCGAUUAAAAAGGAAAAGAAAUCCACCACGGAAAUGGCAGAGGUCAAGAAACCAGCGAGCAAGACUAAAGAUGUGAAGGCACCCAUGAAACCUUCCAGAGUGGACAGGGAAGCUGCAAAGGAGGAGGUGGAAAUUAAGCCAACAUAUAAAGAUGAGAAGGUCACCAAGAAAGCAUUUAAGGUGGUGCCUAAAGCUAAGACUCCUGUCAAAGACAGGAUGACCAAUGUAACUUCUGAGGAAACAAAGGGGGGAAAGAAACGGAUCAAAGAAGAGCCCAAAGUCAAGGAAGAACCCAAAGAGAAGGUGGGUGUUCCAGUACCAAGCAAGAAAGAGAAGGAGACCAAGAAAUCAUCCAAGGUGCCGGAAACCAAGAAACACCCUGAAGAACUGAAACAGGAGACUCAUCCAAAGAUGUCCCUCAAUGACAUGAAGAAGAGGUCAACCAAAGACAAGACAGAGGUGAAGAAACUCCUUAAAGAUAAGGAAGAUUCUGAGGUCAAAGAAGAGGUCAAGGUGCCUCCUAAAGAUUCUAGGAAAGAAGGGAAACCAUCAAGAGAAGACAAGAAGGUCGAAAAGCCUUCUGUUGAUGCUGAAAUAAAGAAAGCUGCAACAAAGAAGCUUGUUAUUGAACCAGGGGCUGCAGAUGAUGCAGAAAAAGAGAUUUCAAAAGACAAACCAGAGGUUAGUGUCAAGAAACUGCCCAAAGACAAAAAACAUCCACAGGAAGUGGACAAAAAACAACCUUUGAAAGAGGUCGAGACACCGGCGAAAGAAAAACCCAAAGAAAAGAUAAAGGCACCGAUCAAGGAGGAGCCAGAAGUCAAGAAAGAGCCCAAAGAAAAGGCAGAUGAAAAGAAAUUGGAGAAAGAAGUGAAAGAUAAAUUUGCAGUCAAGAGACCGGCUGUGCCCAAAGAGAAGAAGGAAUCAAAGAAAUCAGCUGAAGAUGAAGUGAAACAGACCCAAAUAGUCAAAGAGGUUAAAGAUGAGAAACCACUGAAAGAUAUUAAGAAGACAGCAAUGGAAAAGAAAACAAAAGAGGCAGAAAUUGACAAGAAAACAGUGAAAAAAGAAGCUGCUCUGAAAGACGAGAAAGAGAAUAUCCCUCCUAAAGAAGAUAAAACUGCCAAAAAACUAUCAGGAGACGGCAAGCAAGACUCCGAAGAUGAACAAACUAAGGAGAAGGACAAGAAGCCGAUCCACAGAGUCAAAGUGGUGCCAAAGAAAAGCCUGAAGGAUGAGAAGAAGUCCAUCAGAGUCAUCAAAAUUAGAAAACUGUACCGGGAAGAGAGAAACAUCACAGCACCACUCAAAGAAAGGAAGCCUGUGGAGAAGCCUCACUUAAAAGAAGGCGUGAGGAAACAUCUCAACGAAGAGGAGAAGAAACCAGCAGUGGAGGUUAGGAAAGCUGAAAAACAGAAGAAGUUACAUGAUGAAACGCCAAAGAAAGCAGCUGAAGAAAAGGCUGCAAAAGUGACUUCUGAGCAAGACAAAGUCAAGGAAAAGCGGACGAAACAAAAGACCGUCAGUAAAAUAGACAAAGAGGAAACCAUGGUUUCCAAAGAGGAGGAGCAGAAGCCGCCUGGGCGCGAUGACAAGAAAGCUCCUUCCAAAAGAGAGACCAAACUGGAGAAAGACAAAGAACCUUUGGUACAGGAACCGAAGAGGCUCACAAAAGGAGUGAAGGAGGAAGAAAAAACAAAAGUGGUUGAAGACGUUCUUGUUAAAGUUAAAAAAUCUCAGACAGUUCCUGAGGAUAAAGAGAGGAAACUGGAGCGAGAAGAAGCUCCGAGACCCAAAGAGGCUCGCAAGAGCAUCAAAGAACAGGAAGCAAAAAAGAUGAAAGAAACGAAAAAACCUCAAAAAGACGAGCCUGAAACCAAGGCCCAAGACUCCCUCAAGAAAAGAGGUGAAAAGAAAGAGUCUGAAGGCAAACAAAUGGGGCGCAGGGUGAAAAUCAUGAGGAGGAGAGUUUCCUCUCCUCUGAAGAAGGAGCAACUCAAUGUGACGGCAGAAGCUGCUGAGCACAAGAAGUCCAUCAGGCUGGGGAGAGCUGAGAGAAAGUCAGUCGCCAAAGUUCUGUCCAAGGAGCGAGUGAAUGUCACCAAGGCUGACGUUCUGAAGGAGAAGGCGAAGGCAUCGCCUUCCAAGAAAGCAGAUGCUCCUCGGGAGAAGCCUCAACCUGUCAUCUCCAAGAAAGCGGAGGUCAUGAGACAGAAACAGAAGCAGCUGCGCUCAAAAGCAGAAGAGGAUGCUGCACACAAAAAUGGCUCAGUUACGAAGGAGAAGGGGAAGAUAGAGCCAGAGAGGAAAGUUCCAGGAAAGGUUGAAAAGACGAAGACGAAGCCAGAGAAAGCUAAAGAAGACCGAGUUCUCAAGGAGAUCCAGGAGCCAGUGAAGAAAGAAAAAGAAGCAGCGAAGAAGUCGGCGAAGGAGGAGGAGCCACCUGUGUCGGACGCCUUCACGGUGGAGGAUGACUUGCCCUACUUCCAGUGCUUCUUCGUGGACGAGGACGAGGCUCAGUUUCCUUUCUACGCCUUCUCCCCGCUGCAGAUCUGAAGCUUCAACCUGUAGCUUUACGACUAAAGACAAAGGUCAUGUCGAAGGUCACAUCCAUCCUCCAGCGGAGGAGGACGUCGGACCUACUUGCUAGUUUCUUUCCAGACUUGGUUGAGCUCUCGUACCAAAUAUGUGCAGCCAAUGUCAUUCCUUUCUUUUACUUUAUUUUUAUCUUUAUUUUUUUAUAGCUGAAAAUAUGACUUAAGCAAUUCAGGGGCCUUCAGUCAAUAUGACAACAACUGAAACCCGGGGCCACAUGAAGGAGUAAGGCUGUCUCUGAUGGGGGCCAUUACAACCAUUCAGGAAAAACUAGUGUCAAACUUUACGUUACAUUUUAGUGGUUUUAUCAAAGUGUGUUUCACGUUUAAAGGAAUGACGUUGCGGCAGACACGAGAGCUCCCAGUCACUAGUCUUAUUGAACACGGAGGCCCGGCCGCAGGGACCGGAUUUGGCCCUCGAAUGUUUAAGACCAAACACAGUGACCCCGGGUGAGUUCUGACGGGAUUUGACCCACAACCAGAUGAGACACAGCGGAAGUUGUGACGUCAGUCUGCUCCACUGUUGACAGAGGUGAGGCGACACGGCUGAAACAAGCGGAAACGUUUGUAGCCGUGGUCGCUCCGUUAUUUGCACGAGUAGAUGUCAAAGAUGGCAAACCGUUUAAACUGUUUAAAACCAGCGACCAGUUUCUGCAAACAAGGUUGAGGAAGAGUAAAUUAAAACCAUCAGAGACUAUGAGCUAUGCCAUUCAUAAACUUACCUUGUUUUGGCAAAAGGCAAAUUCGGUGGAAACUAUAUUCAAUGAAGAUCAACUUUAAAGACUGUUUUUUGCGUGAAACUGGUCUCUACAGUGGAAACUAAAUGGCAUAAUAGUGAACUUUUAAGGAGUGUGGCCAUUAAAAACAUGAUUCUACUACCAUUUUAGUAGUUUUCCGGAAGUGACAAAAGGAUGCGAAACUUUCAUUAAAGGCAACACUGUUUUGAUUUCUCGUACAAACGUGUUUAUGUUGAAUUAUUGUCUGAAAUGAAAAUAACUACUUCAUCCUUUAUUUUACAUGGCGUGCGGUGCUGUACUCCGCCCAGCCACAGGAGGGCGACAAACAACAUACAAUGACGUUCAAGGUUGCGAUAGUUCAUCCAGAAUGAAGGACAGUUCGUUAGAGUAUUUCGAGGUGGAGCGCCGAGCGCACGCCGCAUAACACCAUACACGACUUCCGGUUACAUCUUAUCAAAAUAAGUGACCGGAAAAAAGUAUUUUUACUUCGGUCGUGUCGAUUCAUAUUUUUUUUCUGCGUAUUUAUUGAUCACUGUCUUACAUGGCGUGUUUUAAAUCUUGUACAUGAGAGUUAUUCUUCAUAUAUUUAUUUAGUAUUUCAUCCGGAUGCUGCAUGAAAAACUAUUUGUGGAGGGUCAGUGCGUUUAUCAGUGCAGCAGAAAGUGACGACCUUCCAGCUGAAAUACUACCAGCUGAAGUGUACUGUGAUGAGCAAGUACGCUGGGCCGCCACGUUCCCUCUUAAAGGUUCUGUGGUGUGUUUAGUUGCCAGAUUGUGUUGUAUCGAUGUUAUUUAACUAUGGUCACAAAGAGAAGCGCAAUAUGGAUUUUUCUCCUGAGGUCACACAGCACUGGAUUUGUUUAUUUGAAGGAGUUAAAACUGCCACUUUCUGUGGUUUGGAAAUGUUACUCUCCAGAUAUGAGAGUCUGGACUCAACUUUAUUAGGUGAACAGCCUGAAAAUGCAUGUUGUGUUUUCUCCUGAACUUGUUUCCAGGUGAGAUGAUCUGAGCGCAUGGAUCAGUGGUGCUCCUUGUACAUACUUACACCUCA